AUUUAGUGGGGGGAGGGGGGAAGUGAGAGGAGCGCAAAAAAAAGGGAAGGCCGGAGAGCCAGGAUCCGUCUCCAUCCGGACUCCUGUGUCGCGUUAUUUAUUAUCUGGUAUCGGUAUACACACAGUGACGGCCCGAUAGAACGAGCCCGGAAGGAGGCACGUUUUAAGGGGUGCCUAAAGGAACCACCGUACUCAAUGACCUUCCAGCGAGAUGUCAGAUCGUUUGGGGCAAACUGCAAAGGGAAAGGAUGGAAAAACCAAGUACUCGUCACUCAACCUUUUUGAUACUUACAAAGGAAAGUCCUUAGAAACUCAGAAACCUACAGUCACUGCACGUCAUGGAUUGCAGAGUCUCGGUAAAGUUGCCGCAGCUCGGCGCAUGCCACCCCCUGCAAACCUGCCAAGCUUAAAAGCAGAAAAUAAAGGCAAUGAUCCUAAUAUUUCUUUAGUACCAAAAGACGGAACAGGAUGGGCAAGCAAGCAAGAAUCACAAGACCAAAAGAGUACCGAUGCAUCGACAUCUCAGCAGCUGGAAUCGCAGCUGCCGCCGGCUUCACAGACGUCUGGCUCCAAUCAGUCGAAACGUCCAGCAGCAGCAACAGCAGUGGUAGCAACUCCACAGGAGACCACCCCUUCAGCACAAAGCGGAACAAAAUCCUGGGCACAGGCGAGCGUUACACAUGGUGCACAAGGCGAUGGUGGAAAGGGAUCAAACCAACAGUCGCCAUUCUCUCGCGAGGAAUUUCCAACCCUGCAAGCGGCUGGAGAUCAGGACAAAGUUGGCAGAGAAAGGGACAUUGCAGAUCAGUCGUAUGGGCCCGGACCAAGCCUCCGCCCUCAAAAUGUGACCAGCUGGAGGGAGGGUGGUGGGCGGAACUUGGGUGCUCCGGGUGUCUCUUUGAUCGAGGGGGAAACCAAAGAGCUAAGCCCAGAAGAAGCAGCAAGCUGUAUAGCAUCCUCAGCCGACCAGAAGGUGCCCCUGAGGAUGGCCGAACAACCACCUAGAUCAGGGAGCGGUGUGCCACAGCAGGCAGUUCCCCAACCAUACCCUCCACCAUACAGGGGGAUGAUGCCAGCUUUUAUGUAUGCUCCAUAUUGUGGUUUACCGUUUCCAGCACCUUAUGGUCCACAGGGAUCUUACAGAUACCCAUCACCCGAUGCCAGCAAGUUUCCUCGUGUUCCUGCUCCUCGAUUGCCUCAGCAUCCAACACGGAUGUCCGAAGCAAUGAAACGACCCUCCAUCCUCAAACAGGACGACUUGAAAGAGUUUGAUGAGCUUGAAAAUGAGACUGAUGAUGGAUGGGCAGGGGCACACGAGGAAAUAGACUACACUGAAAAGUUAAAGUUCAGUGAUGAUGAAGACGAUGAUGAUGCAGAAAAGGGAAAAUCUGAUAACUGGGACGGCCAGCUCAAUCGCCCUGAAAGGCAAGAGUUGCGCAAUUCUGAGCACAGGAAGGAGACCUCAUCGGAGGAACAUCCGUCUGUCAAGGCAACCAGGAGUGAAGGUGCAGCCCCUGCUUCGUCAGAGCUGGGCCCACCCCCUAGAGUUCCUACCAAUUGGGGUCCUGCUGUGGAUUACCAGGGUCGAAGAACAGGCAUGGGCUUGUCCCAUCAGCAUCAGGUUACUCAAGGGCUGUACAGCAUCUUCAGGCAGGCCUCUUCCCUCAGCAUGCACCAGGAUGCAGCCCCCCAGGACAAACCUGGUCCUACUCAGAAGGCACCAGUAGGUGAAGAUGAAGACGAGGCCUGGCGCCAGCGACGCAAGCAGUCCUCCUCAGAGAUCUCAGCUGCCGUAGAGCGGGCACGGAAGCGGCGUGAGGAAGAGGAGCGCCGCAUGCAGGAGGAGCGGCGGGCUGCCUGCGCUGAGAAGCUGAAGCGCCUGGACGAGAAGUUCGGGGCCUCUGAGAAGCGGCAGAAGUCUGAGCAAGAGAAAGAGGAGGCAUCAGAGGGAAAGGAGAAUGAGGAGCCAGUCGGCUCCAACAAACGUCAGAGGACAGCCAGCAGCAGCAGCUUUGAGAUGGCACAGGCUGAUCCCCCGCCUCCCCCUGAAAAGGAAACCAUUGAAGUGAAAGAGGAGACGGGAGUGGUGAGAGUUGAGUCGAAAGUAGAAGUGGUGGUUCCAGGGCGGCAGAUGCAGACUUCACAGGGGUACUCUAAAUACCAGAAGUCAUUGCCACCCAGGUUUCAAAGACAGCAGCAGGAGCAACUGCUUAAGCAGCAGCAGCAACAGUGGCAACAGCAACAACAGCAGCAGCACCACCAUCAGCAGCCAUCCUCCCAGCAGGCUCCAUCACAGCAGCCUCCACAGCCUCUUGCCAUGGCCCCGUCGGCACCUAUGCACCCACAACAGCAGCAGAAGCCAAUGUACCCUGGCUCAAUUGGCCGUCCACCGCCACCUCCCAUGCCCCCCAUAGGCUAUGACCCACGUUGGAUGAUGAUGCCUCCUUACAUGGACCCUCGUAUGAUGCAAGGCAGGCACCCCAUCGACUACUUCCCACCUGGCGUUCAUCCAUCGGGUUUAAUGUCUCGUGAACGCUCAGACAGUGGUGGUUCUGGAUCAGAACCCUUUGACCGUCACCCCUCAAGGGGCACUCCUCCUAUUGACCCCAAGCUGGCCUGGGCUGGUGAUGUGUUCCCAUCAACAGAAAUUCGGCCUCUGGCUUCGCCGAUAAGACCUCAUGAAGAUGAUGACAAAGGCUUGAGAAGUGAAACGCCACCUGUUCGACACCGUGAUGCUGUGCCACCACAAUCCUUCAUGAGCAGCCUCCAGCCUGUUUCAGAGACCGGAGCCCGGCAUGUUGCCCAGAUGCAGCGCUAUCCAUUGGUAGAGCGGCUGGAUGAGCAGAGGCCAAGCCCCUGGCAAAACUCACUGCCCAGCAGCAUCCAGGCAGAACUGGGCAGGGACAGGCGGAUGGAGAUGUCUGCCCAGCUCCAGCAUUCUGCACGCAAACUGGACCAGGAGCCGAUGCCUGCCCGCAGGGAGGUGACCCAGCUCUCACAUGAGGACAAGAAGGUGGAGCCACAUGUGAUGCAUCACCCCCGGGAAUCCGCGGGGCUCCCCAACAGUGUGAAGAAGACUGGGCCACCCCCUCAGCCCCUGGAGCUCCUGCAGCAUAAGGAAGAUCACCAGGCCAAAGAGAACAAACAGGAGGAAAACAGGAAAGGGGACAAACCUGGCCGUCAGGAUGUGCACCGGUCACAGAGGAAGGAACCCAAAACAGAAACCCGCUGGGGUCCCCGGCCUGGCAGCAAAAGCCGUGAUGAGGCAGGGGAGAAACCUGCCCGCAGAGCAGGCCCGAUUAAAAAGCCAGUGCUGAAGGAGCUGAAGAGGGAGGAUAGUGAGCAGGAAACUGAGAAGGGAAAGCCAGCGGCUGGGGAGAAAGUUGCUGUCAAAGGAAAAGACAGACCACUGGAAUCCAAGUUCGAAGCUGACCCCUGCAAGCCCGAUUCUUCCUCUUCCACCGGUUUGAAAGUCAACCAGCCCAGUCCUUCUGUUGUUUCCAAUAAGUCUCUGCCAGGUCCUCCGGUGACCAAUCUGCACGAUGAUCGAGGGAAGGCCAAGGCACCUGGAAAGGACCAGAGGACAGAGAAAGCCAAACCAUCCAAGCCACCUCCAAAGGACUUUGGUGGGCCCCGACGCAGCAGAGACCGUGACCAGAUGUUUGAGGGUGGCUAUGCUGGCCGGGGACGCCCUAGGGGUCGCGGGGAGUUCUUCUCAAGGGGCAGGGGCUACCGGGGCUCCUAUGGGGGCCGGGGGAGAGGUGGCAGGGGGCGCAGCCGUGAGUUCCGUGGCAGCCGGGAGCCAGUGUACCGAGCGGGCGAGGAGGGUGCUAGGGGCUCCUUCCGGCCCAGAAACCCCAGCGAGACACGGAGUGAGGGCUCAGAGUAUGAGGAGAUCCCGAAGCGACGGCGCCAGAGGGGCUCAGAGACUGGCAGUGAGACCCAUGAGAGCGCCAGCGAUGUGGCCCACUCCGACAAGGAGGCCCCUUCGGGUCCCAAGGAGUCCCGCAAUCCCGAUCAGGGACGGAUGGACAAGAGAGGUAGGGCCGAGCCGGCCAAAUUCGGGGACAAGACUCCACCUCGGCUCAGCGACACUUCGCGUGGCAGGAUUUUCACCCCACGUGGCGUGCCCUCCAGAAGGGGGCGGGGGGGCGCCCCGCGAGGUGGCAGCCGCCCCCAGCAGGGUGGCUGGGGCCCCCCUUCAAGGGCACCCCCUCCCAGGAAACAACCGUCCAAGGAGCAGGCAAAGGCUCCAGAGGGCAAGCCACUAGACGUCCCAUCAGGCAAGGAACACGACAAGAGCCUGCCAGAGAAGCCAGCACCAACAGUGGACCCUGGCUUCCCUGAUGGUCACCCUCCACGGCCAGAGAGACCCCUGGACAGGCCACCAAGGAGGCGGCGCCACGGCCGGUCCCAGCAGCAGGACAAGCCACCCCGCUUCCGCCGUUUGAAGCAGGAGCGGGAGGUGGCAGCCCGGAUGAAUGGUGAGAGGAGUCCCUUCCCAGCCGAGUCGCUGCCAGUCAACCCCCCUCCCAACCCCCAGACAGAGGAGGUCAGGGAAGUGGUCCGCCAUGCCGCCGGCACCAAGUCUCCUGACCUUUCCAACCAGAACUCUGACCAGGCCAACGAGGAGUGGGAGACCGCCUCAGAAAGCAGCGACUUCACGGAAAGGCGGGACAAGGAUGGCAUGCUGGUGAAGGGCGUCCCCGGAGCAGUCAAGUCAAUGGAUCCCAACGCCGCCCAGAAGAAGGAGUCAUCCAAGCGCAGUUUCUCCAGCCAGCGGCCUGGCAUGGACCGGCAGAAUCGGCGCUCCAACCCCGGGGAUUCAGGGGGCAAAAACAGCCGCAGCAACGCCGGGUCCAUGAAGAACGAGAAGCGCAACUGGUCAUCUCCAAAGAAUAAGAGGCCAGUAGAAGAACGUGCACCUUCCCUCCCUGCAGCUCUUUCUCAGAAUGCCAGUGCUGUGUUCAGAGUGGACAGGAUUAUUCCCAGUGAUUCUGCUGCUAUCCAGCAAGCCAUCGCUGAAGUCAGCAGCAGGCAUAAAGACCGCAAGCUGGCCCCUGCCAAAGCUAAAGAGAAGAGUGAUAUGUUGACGCAAUUUGACCUGAAUGAUUAUGCAAGUAAGUCCAGAGGUGUGGUGAUCAUUGAUGAUCACCCAGCAGUUUCAGCCGACGAUGAAACCAUAUCCCCCCUGAAUGACGGCUUCACCCGGGUCAUUUCCAAGCGGCAGAAAAGAAUCCUGGAUGAGGAGCGACGCAAAAAGGAAGAGCAUCUUCUCCAGAAGGCUGUCAAAAUCUGCGGGAUAGAUACUUUGCAAGCUUCCUUACCUGGUUUCCCCAAAAAACAGUCGAAGAAGGUUACUAUGUCAACCACCAAAUCCGAAGAGGGCAACACCGGUCAAGCUAAUGCAACUGAUCUGGGAACUCAGAUCUGGAAUACUACACAUUCUGUUAGCACCCUGAAUCCUCCAGCAGCCUCUGGGCUGGACACUUGGAUCAAGCCUUUGAAUGUCUUUGCGGAAGCGGUCAGCGCUGAGGCCAGCCAGACUGACAGUGGGGUGGAUUUGAGCAGCGACUGUCAGGUCUCAUCAACCAGUUCCUCCCAGCGUAGCUCUCCAGAUGGCAGCCUGAAAACAGACACCGGGGAACGUGUUGGGCUCAUUAACCGGAUCAGCACAAAAGUGGUCGAUAUGCGAUCAUCAGAAAACCAGCUCCCAGAACCCAAAGAGCAGAGACAGAGACCUGCUAGGACAGGAGCGCUGAAAGAAAAUAAGUUCCAGGAGACUGCCAGCGAAUUAGGUAAAGAGCAUAAACCUGGGCCAAUAGGAAAUGAGCGUUCACUGAAAAAUAAGAAGGCAAGAGAAGGACAACACAAAUCAAGUCCCGAUAGAGGCACAAAAGCUGUUGGCUUUUCCAUAAGUAGACCGAAAUCAAAGCCCGACCCUGACUUGCUCCUGGAGAGUGAAGUUGCUGUGCCGCCGAUCCAGUUUGGAGUGAGUGCAAAAGAUUCUGAUUUCAAUCUGAACGUGAAUACCCUGCCCAGAUCUGCAAGUUCGUCACCCAACACUCUACAGAAUUCUGCCAGCAACGAUGUGCCUUUAGCUCCCCCACUACCAGUCGCUACAAUUGAGACCCCACCACAAAACAGUGAGAUGGCUCCUGCAUCUCAUCCUGGCAAUGAAUUGACUCUUAAGAUGGAAUCUGCUCGCAAGGCAUGGGAGAAGUCGCCGAGUGUCACAGAGAAGGAGGUUGCUGCAAGUGUGACCAGCACAGAUGUCCCUGAGAUGACUGGUGGCUACCACUCCUUCGUCACCUCCAUUCCAGCAAUACCUGUGGCAUCUGUGGCCCCAUCUGCCGCACUCUCAGCCCCAAGUGGCCAGAUUCCACCCUGCUACGUGGACAGUCAUUACUACAGUGGUCAGCCUCGUGGAAUGCCUCCCUCCAUCUCUCAGCAUCAAGGGUUUCAACAUGGCCUCUCACGGGCGAUUCCAACACAACAGAUCACGCUUCCUCUUCACACUCCCCUGCAGGGCCAGACGCAGGUUUCUGCCCUUGGCAUCCAACAAGGGACACCGGUCUCCCAAACACAGGAUAUGUUUGCUUCCCUUCAGUCUUUCAGGUCCCAACAGUUGUACCUCCAGCCUGGACUGUCCCCACCCUCUGCAGCCAUGGUUCAAGGCUCAACGCUAAUAUCUGGGGGUCCGGUGAAGGGUCAGUAUGUCGGCUUCUCAGCAAUGCAAGCUGGGGAGGUAACAAAGGCUCCAGCAGGGCUGCCCUACCAGCAGGCAGCUUGCACUCCUCCGAUGUCCGUCAUUUACAACACGCAACUGGGCAACUCCCAGCUCAUUGACUCUCAGUUAAUACAGAUGCGGCAAGGCUUGGCCCAGCCAUCUGACUUCUACUCCUCUCCGCUGCAGCAGCCCAGUCAGAGCAACUACUUCACUGCACCGCCGAUGUCCACUGGCCCCCUCCACCAGAUGUUGGUGCCUAUGUUGGGUUCCCAGUUGUCAGUCCCUGGGUUCGGAUCCAUGCAGCAACCCCUGGUUCAACUUCCGCAGUCUCUGCAUCAGUCACAGGCGCAAACCGUCCCUCCAGGGGCUCCCAGACGAGUACUUCACUCCAGUUUUCAUACCACUGCACCUACUCUAGGAAGAGAGGUCAAUCCAGUGGAUCCGAAAUCAUUUCAUUUGGACAGAAAGAUGAAUCAGUCUCCUGCUGCACUUGGAUAUACCGUUCCAUCACCUACAAUGUUCAGAGAUGCUGCCUGGCCUGCUGCGUUCACCAGCAACUUUUAUGUGUGUUGCUUGGAUAACGAAAUUGAUGGCUUUGUGGCACAGAUGAUACGAAGGCCUGGCACAACGAGUCCAAGGGGCAAAUCCCCUGGACCAAUCCAGUGUGGCAUGAAUCCAUUGCUCUGUUUCAGAGGAAAUGUCUCACAGCAGGCAAAGCAACGAGCCGAAGUGCUGCAGAGCACCCAAAGGUUCUUUGAGAGAGUGACACCCCGCAGCAGCUGUAACAACAAUCCCAGCUCACUCCCUGCCACCGAGCAGCAGGAAGGAGAUGCCCUUGCAUCACACAAGGACGAGAAAUCUUCGGGUAACCCCAAGCCAGUGCGGACGGGGCCCAUCAAGCCCCAGAGUGUGAAGCCACAGGAUGAGAAACUGUAACAAGCGAUUAGAGACUGCAGCCUCUCAAAACUGAAGCAAUCUACAUCUAAGGGGUUCUGUUUGUCAGUCUCAAAGGAAUAUGGCUUUUGUUUUUAGAAAGAAAAAAAGAUGAAAUGUGACUGAUGUCAGUGGACUACACAAGUGGUUCGUGAACAAGAGCCAACUCCAGCAGCUUUAACAUGUGUGAGAGUGAAGCUGAACUGGGAGGAAGCAAUAAGGGAGAAGAGGCUAUUAAGUCCUUUUUAAGGAAAAAAAAAGAGACUCUAGAUUUCUUUACCAUAAUGAAGCAUUCAUCUUACUGGUAACUAGCAAGUCCUUGUAGAUCUACUUAAUAAAUGCCAAUCCCUUAUAAGGCAGCUGCUUUCUUUGAGGGACAAACCGUAUAAAGACUAGAAUCGGUUUGAACACAAGGUGUUUAGAAUAAGAGGGCCACUCAGUGAGUCGAGCAUUUCAAAAGUAAUCUGGACAGGUCUCUCUAGCUUCUGUCUUGUCUAUGUUCCAAAACGGUUGUGAAUGUUUGCAGAUGGUGGUAGAUGGGUACAAAUGACUAUUUCCAUUACUGUUUUUACUGUGUGGCGCACACUAUUAAAAGGCAUGUUUGCCAGUGCUGAGGAGUGUAAUAGACACUAGAUCAGCAAGAUGUCUUCCCUCGUUCCUCUAACCCAUUCAUUCUCUGCUGUCCUGUUUUUCCACCCUCGCCCUCCCAAUCCUCUCUUCAAAUUCCUGCAACAACAAAAAAUGAACAGGGGCUUUUCUUUAAAUUUGUUUCUUUUCCCUUCUCCCCUGGCAUUGCAUCUUGUCAAACCGCAGGCACACACAGUUCAUGGAAGGUGAAUAUGCCAGGUUUCAAAUUCAGCCCUUGCCUUGAUGUCAAAUCUCUAACACUGAGCAAAGAAUGUGGGUAUAUUGGUCUCUGACCUGAAAUAAUAUUAGUUACAGGUUCUGUGAACUCAAAGCAGUAGGGCUGGUGAUUUUCAGAGUAAUGACUGUCAGUGUUGAGUGUCCUUGACAGUGUUGCUGUUGCAUCCCAAGGCUUGCCUGUGCUGUAGCAGUGUUAAAAUCAGCAGAGAAAAAUAUCCCUAAAAUACUCGGCAGCUGCUUUUCCCAUCUCAGCAGAGCAGUGGCAAUGUGAGGUAUCUACUGUGCAUCCCAUGGAUGAUGAGGCGGUGGCUAAGGAUCUGAGAAUUGGAACAGAUUGCUCCCUUAUUACCAGAUGGAGACCAGUUUGUAAUCUCUCUCUUUUCCUCUGACUCAGAAGCAAAGCUCAAAUGUUCCAAUAUCUGGAAGAGGGUCACUUAGUACUGAAGCACUGAAUUACAGCCAAUCAUUUUAUUUGCCUCCCAGAGAGAGCUUCUCCUUCAUUGCCACUUUCCAGCUUCCUGAUCUGGGGGUGAGGGGGGCAUGUUGAGGUACAGCAGUCAAUAAAUUCUUCAGACCAAUCAGCCUGCUAACCUUGUUAUCGUUGGAAAUAUCAGUAUGAACGAACAGGGUUAGUGUGUUGGUAUGGAAGAACUGGUGGUGCGCAUCUCCUGCUUUUGCUGUUUGUGUAGAAUAGACUUGGGGAAGGCAAGUAUUUGUAGAGACCUGCCCAAAUGUUGUGAAAUCCCUUUAUUUUAUCUUGAAUGAUAACUGCAAGGAAAGUGACUCGUUUCCUUGCAGGUUCAAUAGAGAUUCUUGGCUUUGAGUUUAAUGGGAUUAAUUGAGCAGGUUAGUUUUGCUACAUUUUUGAUUUUGAUCCAAUUUGUAUUCUGUGCUCUGGGUAUGAGAUGCACCUUUCUCUAGGAGAAGUCAACCUGCAGCAAAUGCAUGUCUGUGGAUGGAUAAGUGAUGUUCCUCUACUACCAUUUCCUGCAGCAUGCGGUUAAGUACUAACCACGGCAGAACACAGGUGACCCAGUUCUACAGAGUCUGGAGCAAGUGGUCUAAGUGGAGGUUUAUUAACUUGGCUCACUGAUCAUGUGGCAACUUGAAGUGUCAGACUGUCACCCCUUCAGAACAAAAGUGCAGGGUUUCAAAUUCAUGUUUUCAAACACAUUUAUGGUUCCACCAUUGUGUAUUUUAUCCCCAACUGCACUUGGUGCUUCAAAUCUGAGUGAUGAGGGUGGGUUCCCAACUUUUGAAGAAAUGCUGAGCUUGCGACUUGUCUUUCUGCCUCUCUCAUUGGAAUCUAGGACUCAGCGCCUGCUGAGCUGAUCCAGUACUGGCGUCUUUUUUUUUUACCAGAUUUCCAUCUCAUUCCCAAAGCCUAGGUCCUAGGAACGCACAGGCUCAGUGUUGUGCUCUCAUCUCCCUUCGGCUGGCAGUGUGUGAAAUAUCUGCUCCCAAGCAACCAGGGCAAAACUUAAGGUUUCUCAUCAGAUAUUAAGGGACAGUUCAGUUCAUUCUGUUGUUCUCUCAGCCCACCCCAACCCACUUUAAUGUGACCCUCUCAACUUUUGAGUACCUGUAAGAAACUUUAGACUGUUAUAUCACUGCUUGGAAGCUUCAGGUUACAGAAAUGGUUCCUCACCCAACCACUACUUUUGUGAUGGUCUGUGUUGCUUAGCUAUUAGGAUACCAUAAAAGCCCACCUUGUGUAGCAUUGAGUGAUGCAGGUCACCAGAGUCGGGUGCUUGGACACGUUGAGGUGCCAUUAAGGGUACAGCUAAGGUCGGUGAGAUUGCCAUUGGUGAGUCACUACUUUGAAAUGUUUUCUGUGGCAGAUCUGCUGUGCUCCCCAAAGCUGGAGUAGCAAUAAACGAUUAACAUACACAAAUCAGUUAGACACAUUACAACUAGUGAAAGAGUUUGAGCUUCACUUUAUGUAUCACAACUUUCAAAACUGUUUGAUGCCUUCCAUUUCUGGCCACAUCAUUUGAGCUGGCAGUGGUGGUGGGAAUACAGUGAGCAUGGGGGGCUGAGUGUGGGCAAACUACAUUCCCAGGUGACACUUUCCAGUGAGAGAUGCAGGGGAUCUGUUUUGUUUUUCAUUUUAAAGAAAGCCAAACCAACAUUUGUACCGACCUAUCACUAUUUUAAACCGUUCAUGUUCAAAGUAAAAUUAAAUGAUGGGGAGGGAGGAAAUGCAAGCAAAGGGAGAGACGGGGUGGGGUACCGGGGAAAACAAAUCCUUUUUGUGAUUGUGUGUGACCUCAUUUGUGAUGGGCCACAAUUGUUCUUUGAAGAUUCACUAGUUGAAAAGCUCUCUGCUGCAUUGUUUGCCUGGCUCCACUUUCAUGUACUGUCACACAGUGUAAUUUAUAAUCCUAAUAAAAGUGGCUGUUUCGAGGGCUGCAGCAAACCCACUCCUCAAUAUUUCAC